CCGACAAUUUUUACAGCGACUUGUAUUUAGUGCGACUUUUUGUCCACGAUUCGGGUGGUUAAGAAGAAAACAAAAUGGCAGCCGGCUGGUGUUGAGAGAAUUUUUUUUUACUUUUGCGAGUUUAUAAAUAACUCACGAAAGCAAGAAGUGAGCUCUUUGAGAGCCUGAUGGAUCAAUCUUUGACAUCUGGGCCGCUAAAAUUCAAACCGAGACGUGUUAAAAACCAGAAUAUCGUAUGGAAACUUCGUCAAAGAGAGACACAUCUGUGCAAACCUGGGACACAUUUUCACCGGGCAAGGUCAUUUAAUCAGAAUAUUUUUCCAAACUUUACCAUUGUUAACGUUGAAAAACCGCCGUGUUUUUUGAGAAAGUUCUCGCCGGAUGGUAGACAUUUCGUUGCGUUUUCACUCGACCAAAGUUCAUUGGAAAUCUAUGAGUUUCAAGGGGCGUGUGCUGCAGGCGAGAUGCUCGCUGAUUCAAAGAUAAACCCAUCAACGAUACGCAGCAAAUUAUUUUCGCAGUUUUUCCGUUUGCUUGCGGUUACAACUGUGGCUCCAAACAAUGAACAUCUCAACCGAGAAUGUAGUUUGUUCACGGAUGAUGGUCGUUAUGUGAUAGUCUGUUCUGCUUGUCAACUUCCUGAAGAACCUCACCCUUAUUUUUACGAUGUAUACCGUAACAACGAGUCUGUCACCCCACACCAUCAAAGGUGUGCACUGGAGGACUACACCCUGCACUUAAUCGACCUGUACACAGGAACCCACUCUGAUUCACGGUCCUUCAAGUGUGACAAGAUUUUUCUUUCUCAUAACCAAGGACUGUAUCUGUACAAAGAUCUACUUGCUGUGUUAUCAGUCCAGCAUCAAACAAUUCAUAUUUUUCAAGUCACCUCUGAUGGUCAUUUCAUUGAUGUGCGGACGAUAGGGAGAUUUUGCAAUGAGGAUGAUGAAAUGAUGGCGGCUGCUGUAAGACCUCAAGAAAAUCGUCCUUUCAGGCCAUAUAACGAGAAAUGUAUCAAUGGUCUUAAACACAGGUUGCUUGUAUUCCUGUGGAGAAGAGCUCAAAGUCUUGGCACUCUUCUUGCAAUUAGAAGGUUCUACCAGCAUUUUGAUUUGUUUCGAAAUCUUAAAAUGUGGAAAAUGCAACUGUUAGAUGAAGAUCAUGUUUUCAUAAAAUAUGCGAGCGAAGAUGUGGUUACGCUCAGAGCUAAUGACCCAAACUCUCAACCCUCAUUUUUUGUCAUCUAUAACAUGAAAACAACUGAGAUCUUAUCUGUCUACGAAAACACCUCUGAGGAACUACUCGAUGUCUUUGAGCAAUUCUGUGAUCAUUUUCGAAAUGCAAUGCUUCAUACGGUUGGUCAAUUUACCUGCUCCGCAUCCAGCAAUAUUCAUGCUCGGCAAAUCCUAAGACGUUUCAAACACACCAUUAUCAAUGCCAAGUAUGGUGGUCAGACAGAAGCAAUCAAAAGGCUCUUGGCACAGCUGCCAAUCAGUUCUCAAUCCUACAGCAGUAGUCCCUUCCUUGAUCUCUCCCUGUUCAGCUACGAUGACAAAUGGGUGUCGGUCAUGGAGCGACCAAAAGCUUGUGGUGAUCAUCCAAUCAGGUUUUAUGCACGUGAUUCUGGAUUGCUCAAGUUCAAGAUACAUGCUGGUUUCCUUGGUCGUCCAUCCCCCCCGUCUGCUCGUCGUUUGGUUGCUUUCACUUUCCAUCCUUUUGCACCUUUUGGCAUUUCAGUUCAAAGAACGAACGCAGAGUAUGUCGUGAACUUUCACAUCAGACACAACGAUGAAACUACAGAUCACAUGUGACCACUCUCUGCAUGUGGUGUUCGGAAAAGUUUCUUCAGUAACUCGUUACGAAGCGUUGUAAUAAAAAGCGUUGUAACUCGUUACGAAGCGUCGUAUGUACCAUACGCCUUACCUUGCGUCUUACCCGGCUAAUAGCUACGGUUAACACUGGGUCUGUUUGUAUAAAUAAAUAUGUUAUCAAUUCAUUUACGAAUUUACGAAUUUGUGUAUCUUGCAGAUAUG